AUGGCAGAACAAAUAGCAACUCCAAAUCAUCCAACAUUACCAAUAAUAGUUCCUGCCAAUGAUAUAGAUCAGAUAAAAUUAAAUGUAGGUACUACCGGUAUAACAGAUAAUGUUCUUCGAAAUGUAGCAAUACCAGGUACGUCAGGACAUCAUUACGAACUACCACCUGUAAUGACAGCAGCUAAAUAUGGUGCAUUAUUUCCACAUGUUGCUACACGAGGAAAAGAUCUUCUACAUAUACUAGUACAUGGUGCAGCUAAUUUACCUUUGGUUGACGGACGUCAGCCACGAUGUUAUGUUACAGGACAAAGUCGUUCGACUAUGGCAACACAAGAUAUUGGAGAAACAAUUAAUGCAACAAAUGUUAUUGAAGGUGUUUCACCUCAUUGGAAUGAAAUGAUAUAUGCUGAUAUAUUCGAAGAAACUAAUCAUGCUGAAGAGGUUAUCAUAUUGAUUAUUGAUGAACCACGACAACGAACAAUAGCUGAACAUCGUUUUCCAUGGCGAUGGUUAGAACCAUUUUAUCAAUAUCAUGUAAAUUUACAGCAUACAUCAAAACAAACAGCUCAAACUACUUCUCUAUUUCUAUCUAUAAUGCGUAAACAAAGUACUUUAUCAAAAGAAGAUAUACGUUAUUUUGGUUUGGAAGUAUUACUUAAUCGAUUUGAUGUAACAUUACCAAAAAAACGAGUUUUAUAUGCUAUUGGCCGUAUUAUACCUGACUAUGAAACUUAUAAACAUGAUUAUUUACGUAAUCUUGAUAAUCCAAAAUUGGGUAUUGAUUUUAAAAAAAUAAAUAUUCCAACAGCACAAGAUUUUGCUAUAGCUGAUUAUUCAUUUACUGGUUAUCCUCAAACAUCAUUAGCAUCAAAAGAAUCAAAACUUCCAACAUGGAUGCAUGAUUAUUUAUUUUCACAUGAACAUGAAAAAGAUAAUAUGUUUUCAAAUAAUUCUGCAAUUGUUAUUGAAUUUUAUCCAUUUCAACCCAUUGCUAAUAAUCCAAAUUGGCGUAUAAAAACUUUAAUUGGAUGGAUAACUAUUCGUUUAGAUACACGAACAUAUGAUGCAUUAACAGCACCAAGUUCUUCUGAAGGAAUGAGAACAGAAGGUAAAUUAUCUUUAAUUUUUCUUUAUUUAAUUGAUUUUAUUUAUUUAAAAGGACUUUUGGUUGAAACUGAUGGUGAAUUAGUUGCAGAAAAUACAAAAUAUUUAACUGCUGAACUAUUACUUCGUCUUGUAUCCGAAAGACAUCCAGGAAAAAAUCUUCUUGCAUAUGCUGCUAGUAAUCUACCAAUUUUACCUUCAUACUAUGUCGAAGGUGUUCGACAUGGUGGUGCUCCACCUGUAUAUAUGCAAGUUACUGUACCAAAAAAAAACUUUCUACCUGCAAUACAAACACCAGUAACACAAGCACCAACAACACAAGUACCAAUGACACAAACACCAAUAGGACAAUCUAUUAUAAAUCCAACUCUACCAGUUGUACCAACACUUCAAUAUGUCGACAGAUCCGAGGGUGUUCGUUUUCGAAUUCCACGCGUUAAUCUAUACGAUUUGGAUGAUAUUCCAACGGAGUAUCGUGCUAUGUUAGCAACGAAUUAUCCGCCACGUCGUGAUGAUGAUAUUGAUGGUUGGUUUGAUUAUUUUCAACGUGAAAUUGCUGUUUAUAAACAAGCUAUUCGACGUGUUAUACAAGAUGUUGCACAAUUACGUGAUCAACAUAAAACUUUAACUGCUGCAAAUAAUGAUCUAAAAGUUAAAAUGGAAAAUUUUGAUAAGAAAAAAAAAGUUUUAUAUGAAAUUUUUGAAGGUGAUAAAAUUGAUAAAACAAAAAUGCAAGAUAUAUUUAAUCGUUUAUCUGCAAAGAUAUCUGCUCAACAACUUGAAUUAAAAGAAAAUCAUGCUAAAAUAAAUAACUAUGAGAAAGAAUUAGCUCGAAGAAGUGAAUUACGUGCUCAAUACGAUGCAUUAGUUCGAACAACUCAAGCGAGAGAAUUAGAAAUAAAAGUUAUGAAAGAACGUUUGUUAAAAGCUGAUGGACUUGAAGAAACAGUUCGACGACAAGAACUUGUAAUUGAAAAACUUGAAGCUAUGAUUAGUAAUUAUAUGAAAGAAAAACGAUUAAGAGGAGCAUUCAAUGAUGUUGAUAGAACUUUCUUAUCUGAACAUGCUGCAAUUGGAUUAGAAACUCAACAACUUCAAAGACGAGUACCUCCUACACGAUAUUCUGCAACAGUAACAAAUCAACGAGAUGAUUUAGUACGACAAAAUUUAGUUUAUCAACAAGAAUUAGCUAAUCUCAAAGCACGAUUUCAAGAAAAUGCUGCUUCAUGGGGUAGAGAAAAAGCUGAACUUCUUUCAAAAAUUAAUGAUAUUGAUCAACCAGUCAGUUAA